CCUCCUGAGAGCUGGGAUUACAGAGGUGCACGUAGUGCUACUGGAGAUGGAAUGGCUUAAAUCCUUCGUACACAGAACCCGCCCAGCACACAUCCCGUAAUCCCAGCACUCAGGAGCCCAAGGCGGGAAGAUCAACACAACCUUGUGGCCAACCUGAGCUGCGUACCAAGUUCUAGGCCAGCCGGAACUACAGAGCAAGACCCUGUCUCAAGAAGGGCCAUGAUCCCUGUACGGCUUACCUCAGCAAGACCUUGGACCAUGCUGCAGGGAGCGACUCGAGGGUUCCUUCUACAGCAGGCUCGCCCCAGGCCACUCUCCAUGGGCCGUGGGGACCACGCCAAGCAUCGAGAGCCCUCUGGAAAGAAGCCACUCUCUGAGAAGAAACUGAAAAAGCACUUUGUGGACCAUCGGAGAGUGCUCGUCCGUGGAGGAAGCGGAGGCUCCGGCAUGAGCUGCUUCCACAGCGAGCCCCGAAAGGAGUUCGGGGGUCCGGAUGGUGGGGACGGUGGUAGUGGCGGCCACGUCAUCCUGAAAGUUGAUCAACAAGUCAAGUCCCUAUCAUCAGUCCUGUCCCAGUAUCAGGGCUACAGUGGAGAAGAUGGAGGCAGGAAAAACUGCUCCGGACGAGGUGGUGCUGUCCUCUACAUCCGGGUCCCUGUGGGCACCUUGGUGAAGGAGGGAAGUGAAAUCGUGGCUGACCUGAGCUGCCCAGGUGAUGAGUACAUCGCUGCCCUGGGGGGCGCAGGAGGAAAGGGCAACCGCUUUUUCCUGGCCAAUGACAACCGCGCCCCCGUGACUUGCACCCCAGGAGAGCCGGGGCAGGAGCGAGUACUCCACCUGGAGCUCAAGACCGUGGCCCAUGCUGGCAUGGUGGGGUUCCCCAAUGCGGGGAAGUCCUCGCUCCUCAGAGCCAUUUCAAAUGCCAAACCUGCCGUGGCUUCGUACCCAUUCACCACCCUGAAGCCUCAUGUGGGGAUUGUUCACUACGCCGGCCACCAGCAGCUAGCAGUGGCAGACAUCCCAGGGAUCGUCCAGGGCGCCCACCGGGACAGGGGCCUGGGGCUCCGCUUCCUCAGGCACAUCGAGCGCUGCCGCUUCCUCCUGUUUGUGGUGGACCUUUCACUGCCCGAGCCGUGGACUCAGGUUCAACAUUUAAAAUGUGAACUAGAGAAGUACGAAGAAGGCCUGUCUGAGAGACCCCACGUGGUCAUUGGAAACAAGAUUGAUCUGCCACAGGCCAGAGCCAGCCAAGCCCAGCUCCAGGCCCGCCUGGGACAGGAGGUCAUAGCCCUGUCAGCACUGACUGGAGAGAACCUGGAACAACUGCUGCUGCGCUUGAAAGUGCUCUACGAUGCCUAUGUGGAGGCGGAGCUAGGGCAGGGCCGCCAGCCACUCAGGUGGUAGUGCUUGCUGGCUGGAGCAGGUGGCUGGGAGUGGGGGCUCGAGCCUGCCGCCCAGCGCACCACGUGGUGAAACGGUGGCAUUGCCUGCAUAAGAGAACGAACUUGUAAA